AGGAGGGAGAUCCCAAUUUCUAUGACAAUUCGCCACCUCGGGAGCUUGGCUGCGGGGCAGAUCCACAUCUACAGAUUUAUAAGGAAUAUCGGUGAAUUGGAAGGAUUUCUCCGCCUUUGAAGCUUCGUGGGGAAGGAGAUAGAGCAAUCGUGAGAAUAGGGAAGCUCAUUUAGAUUCCUAUGUCCUGGAGAAGAAUUAAUUGUCUGCUGGAAAAAAAAGCAGGCCGGCGCCGGGAUUUUGGGGGGCGGCGGGGGCUUUCUCUGGAGCUUCCAUAGGGAUUGCUGCUGCUGACUCCCUUCCUGCGGAGCGAUCUUCCCCCUUUCCCCCCCCCCCUUUUCUUUCCCUCAAAACAUCCUUAACGCCUUUGCUAAUGCCAUUUUUUCCAGCCAGGAAACGAGCCGGGAAUUUCAGCCCGCAGAAUCUCCGUUACAAUUAAGUUCCUGUUCAUGUGUGGGGACCAGCCUUAUAUGGACUCCUCGCUCCAGCAAUGGCUCGGGAUUUUCCAGCGGCAGGCGCGGGUUCGGCGUGGCUGAACAAGAUCCAGAAGUGAUUUCUAUUUUUUUUUUUUUUUUUUUUUUUUUUUUUGGCGUCUCUUCCCCCUUUUUCCCUGGAGUUACAAACUAUUCCCGAAACCAGCUGCUGCUCCCGCUCUCGAAAUUUUCCCCCGUGGCAGAACAACUACCACCGCAGAGACCCGUCGCUGCGGCCGCUUCUCCCGCACAAAUCCCGCCGCUUAUUUUUCUAUAAAUCCAUAUUAUUAUUCUAAUUUUUUUUUCCUUCUCCACGCGUGCCGUGCCCCCCCUCCCUUCCCGUGUCCCUGCGCAGUGUCGUUGUCGCCUCUCGGCGUGUGCGUGCCCAGCCGUGACCCGGCGGCUCGGCCAAGCUGCGGCUCCAACUUUCCCAGGCGGAAUUUGGCCGGAACAUGUCUCUGACCAACACAAAGACGGGCUUCUCGGUGAAGGACAUUUUGGACCUCCCUGACACCAACGAUGAGGACGGCUCGGCGGAGGGCGGCGAGGAGGAGAGCGAGGCGCCCGAGCCGCCCAGGAAAGCGGGAGUUUUGGGACAAAACCCCUUGGACACUGUUCCGACGCUGCCUUUGAAGAGUCCUUUCUAUGAUAACAGCGAUAAUCCCUACACGCGCUGGCUGGCGAGCGCCGAGGGCAUCCAGUACUCCCUGCACGGGCUGGCGGCCGGCGGCGGCGGCCAGGACCCCUCUGCCAAGUCCCCGGAGCCGUCGGCCGACGAGUCGCCCGACAACGAGAAGGAAGCGGUGGGCGGCGGGGAUGCGGGCAAGAAGAGGAAGAGGAGGGUGCUCUUCUCCAAGGCGCAGACCUACGAGCUGGAGCGGCGGUUCCGGCAGCAGCGGUACCUGUCGGCGCCGGAGCGGGAGCACCUGGCCAGCCUGAUCCGCCUCACCCCCACGCAGGUGAAGAUCUGGUUCCAGAAUCACCGCUACAAGAUGAAGCGGGCGCGGGCCGAGAAAGGUAUGGAAGUGACUCCUCUUCCCUCGCCGCGGCGGGUGGCCGUGCCGGUGCUAGUCAGGGACGGCAAGCCCUGCCACACGCUCAAAGCCCAGGACUUGGCAGCCGCGACGUUCCAGGCAGGCAUCCCGUUCUCGGCGUACAGCGCGCAGUCCCUGCAGCAGCACAUGCAGUACAACGCGCAGUACAGCGCGGCCGGCAGCCCCCAGUACCCCUCAGCGCACCACUUGGUACAGGCGCAGCAAUGGACUUGGUGAGGGCUCGCCC